GUGAUUGGGAGUGAUUGGGAGUGAUUGGGAGUGGGUGGUUGAUGGUGGUUGAUGGGGGUGAGAAAAUUCAGCCACUGAGGCUGGUGAGGUGAGGCAGGCGGGAUCAUUGUGUGGAGUGGAGACGAAUUGCCGAUAUACUAAAAAAGCUCAUUGAACAGCCCAUUGACGCGGGAUUACAUCAAGUUUGAGGGAAAAUAGGAGCAGGAACGGGACGGAUUACUUCUAGCUUCACGCCGGAUCAAGAUAGCAUAGAAUCUUCCUCGGAACCAAACACCAGAGCAAGUAUACACGCGCGCCAAUGGCAUCCACAGGAAAGACGUACGUCGUCGAGCACCUCGACGAUGAGCUCGGCGCUUGGUCAGAGUUGGAGUAUAUGACAAUUGCCAAGGAGUCCCACGAGAACGGCGCGUCCUUCCUCCUUACGUCAGUUCCAGCAUCAUUGGAACUGCCAGAGCGACUAAAAACGCUCCCUGGGGUUGUGGCGAAGCCGCAGAGCGUGGAGGAGCUGUACCCUGAGAAGAGCCGUGUUUGUCUGCUGGAUCCUUCUGCAACGAAAGAGCUGUCUCCUGAGGAUGGUGAUAUUUUUGAUGUGUUCCUGUUCGGUGGUAUCCUCGGUGACGACCCGCCAAGAGACCGGACAUCUGAGCUCAGAAAAAAAGGGUUCGAAGGACGCCGCUUGGGCGCUAUGCAGAUGACUACCGAUACCGCCGUCAGGGUGACGAGAAUCGUUACCCAAGAUAGAACUCCUCUGGAGGAUAUUCCAUGGAUAGACAACCCUGAAAUCAAGGUCAGCAGGGUUGAGAGCGUCGAAAUGCCGUUCCGCUACGUCAAAGGGAAGAACGGAGAGAUUACGGUGCCUGAGGGAAUGAUCGAUUUGAUCAAGGCAGAUUCUGAAAAGGGCUUUGGGGACCUCUUUUGAGCUAUAUAAUCCAAUGUCGCCAUUUCUAAGCUAGAUAUUGCAAGGCACGUGCCUGCUUUUAUUGUCCAGGUUGGCCUCAUUGGUUAUAGAAGGAUCAGGUGCGGAUGCCACAAUCAACCGAGAGAGUAGUUGAGAGGCAAUGGGAGACCAUGGGGAAGCCUAAUCUCGGUGUAUGUGGUACCGUAACCGAUGCGACUUCAGUGGCACGGAGGGUCAUCUGUGUUGAGGACUGAACUGCUAUCUCGAGUGUCCAAGCACAGCACAUAUGAACAGGGUCGGCCAGAUAGACAUAUUAUAGAACCGUACUCCAGGCAUUCUCCCAGCUACCACUUCUCACACACACCCAUAUUGCAUGUCGUGAAGGACGUGAUCACCAAAUACCAAUCAAUAU